AUGACGAACGGCGAGUAUGAUCCAGAGGUCUUCCCAACUUGGCUGCUUGCUGCCGUCUAUGGACACGCACUGCCGUUCUGUAUCUUCGACGAUCAGCUUUGCGUCGAGGUUUACACUCCACCAUCUGCCGACUCACUCUUUCAAAUUGCUUGGUCAGCUGUACAACCUAAUUAUCAUACUCCUUCGCUAUCUGUCGUCCAAACACUUCUACUCCUUGUCCAGAGGAGACCGACAAACAAGCAUGUGGCCGAUACACCAGUCAAAUGGACAAUGGUGACUGACGCUGUUUCUAUCGCACAGUCUUUGGGCCUUAACCUCGACCCAACGGACUGGCCACUACCUCUAUGGGAGCAGAGACUCAGAAGAAGAUUGGCUUGGGCCGUUUUCACUCAGGAAAAGUGGAUCGCUCUAAGUACCGGUCGAAGCUCACACAUCGUAUCAGACGACUGGGAUGUUUCUCCGCUGACACAAGACGAUUUUGAGUUUGCUGAAGGCAGCGACGACCGAGCUUACUCGGAGCAUUUCAUUCAACUUUCUACACUCACAGAGAUUGUGGAUGACAUCCUGCGUAACCUCUUUUCGAUCAAGGCAACCAGAAAACUCUGCGACUCUCUCGACAUGACGCUGGAAGUCGCUAAACCUCUGAGAGUACGUUUGAGCCAAUGGUACCAGGAGCUACACCCGGAUCUCUUGCCAAUAGCAAGAGCUGGACAUGGGCAUAAUCUAAAUGCACAGGGAGGACUGCACCUAGCCUACAUGACAGCAAAGGUCCAGCUAUUUCGUGCUAUGCUUCGUCCAACGAGCGAGCCUGACACGCAAGCAACAAAUGCAUUGCGAACCGGAGCUAUAGCCAUGGGCAAAGAACUAUUCGAAUUCCUCGAGAGUCUAGACGCCAACCAUAUGGAAGCCUUCUGGCCAUCCUACUCUCGCACCAACUUUGCAAUCGCCAGUAACUUUAUGGUUUUGUUGUUCGUCACUUCUCCAAAUACGGCAGAUGCAAAAGAAUGUCUGGAUCUGCUCAAUUCGUGGAGGAGUCUGUUGCGUAUCAAGGCUUGCAGUUGCGAUCUACUGAAUCUGGCGUUGUUGAGAUUGGAUGUUUUGUCCGUUCGCGGGUUGGAUAAGCUGAUCAAUUUCUCACCAUCUGCUCUUCAAGUUUUUACGGAGCAGACGGUUUAG